UGGUCAGUUCUCUUGACUUCAGUAAAUUGUAAAGUUUAGUGAUUUGUUAAAAUGACUGGCAGAGGCAAAGGUGGUAAAGGUUUAGGAAAAGGUGGCGCUAAACGUCACAGAAAAGUCCUCCGUGAUAACAUCCAGGGUAUAACUAAACCCGCUAUCAGAAGAUUGGCACGACGUGGUGGAGUUAAACGUAUCUCUGGCCUUAUCUAUGAAGAAACCCGAGGCGUUCUCAAGGUUUUCCUCGAAAACGUUAUCAGGGAUGCUGUAACCUAUACUGAACACGCUAAAAGGAAGACAGUUACAGCGAUGGACGUUGUAUAUGCUUUGAAACGUCAAGGACGUACCCUGUACGGAUUUGGAGGUUAAUUUUUACCAUCGAUAUCUACAUUCUCAAUCGGUCCUUUUCAGGACCACA